UCGGAGCAGGACGGCGGGCGGCACUAGAGGGAGCUGCCGCCGUGCCCGCCCCACCGUGCCGCGCCCGCCGCUCCGAGCGCCGCCUCCUCAGUCCGCGCCGCCGCGAUGGCGGAGGACAGCGAGUCUGCGGCCAGCCAGCAGAGCCUGGAGCUGGUCGACCAGGACACGUGCGGGAUAGACGGGGACAAUGAGGAAGAGACUGAGCACGCCAAAGGAAGUCCUGCAGGGGAUUUGGGAGCCAAAAAGAAAAAGAAGAAGCAGAAGAGGAAAAAGGAGAAGCCAAAUUCUGGAGGCACCAAGUCUGACUCUGCAUCUGAUUCCCAAGAGAUUAAAAUUCAGCCGCCUUCAAAAAAUCCCACCAUCCCCAUGCAGAAGCUGCAGGAUAUCCAGAGAGCAAUGGAACUACUCUCCGCAUGCCAGGGCCCUGCCAGGAACAUUGACGAGGCUACAAAACGCAGAUACCAGUUUUGGGAUACACAGCCAGUACCCAAACUAAAUGAAGUCAUAACAUCUCAUGGUGCAAUUGAACCAGACAAGGACAAUGUACGUCAAGAACCAUAUUCUUUGCCACAGGGUUUUAUGUGGGACACUUUAGACUUGAGUAAUGCUGAAGUGCUCAAGGAAUUAUACACCUUAUUAAAUGAGAAUUAUGUAGAAGAUGAUGACAACAUGUUCCGCUUCGACUAUUCGCCUGAGUUCCUAUUGUGGGCUUUGCGUCCCCCAGGCUGGCUCUUGCAGUGGCACUGUGGGGUCAGAGUGUCUUCAAAUAAAAAACUCGUAGGGUUCAUAAGUGCCAUCCCAGCAAACAUCCGCAUUUAUGACAGUGUGAAGAAAAUGGUAGAAAUCAACUUUCUUUGUGUUCAUAAAAAAUUGAGAUCAAAACGGGUAGCCCCAGUGUUAAUUCGAGAAAUUACUAGAAGAGUGAACCUGGAAGGAAUCUUUCAGGCUGUGUACACUGCAGGAGUCGUUCUUCCUAAGCCAGUGGCCACAUGCAGAUACUGGCAUCGAUCCCUAAACCCCAGAAAAUUGGUAGAAGUGAAAUUUUCUCACUUGAGUAGAAAUAUGACAUUACAGAGAACAAUGAAGCUUUACAGACUUCCGGAUGUUACCAAGACUUCAGGUUUGAGACCAAUGGAACCAAAAGAUAUUAAAGCAGUGCGAGAACUAAUCAACACUUACUUGAAGCAGUUCCAUCUAGCACCGGUGAUGGAUGAAGAGGAAGUAGCCCACUGGUUCCUCCCUCAGGAGCACAUUAUCGACACAUUUGUAGUGGAGAGCUCCAGUGGGAAACUGACUGACUUCCUGAGCUUCUACACACUCCCGUCCACAGUCAUGCACCAUCCUGCUCAUAAGAGUCUCAAAGCUGCCUACUCCUUCUAUAAUAUUCACACGGAGACACCUCUGCUGGACCUCAUGAAUGAUGCACUCAUUAUAGCAAAGUUGAAAGGAUUUGAUGUAUUCAAUGCAUUAGAUUUGAUGGAAAAUAAGACCUUCUUGGAAAAACUCAAGUUUGGUAUAGGAGAUGGUAGUUUGCAGUAUUACUUGUACAACUGGAGGUGUCCAGGAACAGAUUCUGAAAAGGUUGGACUUGUACUACAGUAGAUAGCUAUUUUGAUUUCUAGAACUCUGACAUCCUCAUUUGUUCAUAUCGUAUUUAAUGAUUCCUGGAACCACCAUUCCAACCAUUCCAAAGAAGAAUAAAAGCACAACUUAAGUGAAAUUGAAGUAGUCAGUAACAAUCAGCAAAGAUGAAAAAACACCCCAUAUGUGACCAGUUGUACACAUUCCUAGUUAGAAUGUUAAAAUGCAUCUUUUUUUUUUUUUUCUCUGUUUACCCACUUGUGGGAGGGAUGAAAGGGUACAAAGAGCACAUUUUUUUCUGAUUUUCGAAAUUUUGGCUUUCUUGGUGAAGUAAGGGUACUUUUCCACUCUAGAAAAGGAACCGUUUUUCCACAAACUAAAGAGAAGUCACAGCAUCGUGUAAGGAAAUCUCUGCUAUUGUGUGGAGAUAAGCUGCUGCAUUUCUACUUAUUAAGUGGUGGUGUAUUUGUCUGUAUAAUAGAACAAAUGAUCCAAUUGGAAAAUUUUUACAUAUAUCACCUUACAUGACAUCACUGGGAACAUUUAUGGAAUGACGAGUAUGGAGCUAAAUGAAAAUGCACUGAUUGCUAAGUACAGUAUCACUCUAUAGGCGAAGUUGCCAAAUCAGUAAACACAGAUUUGUACUUUGAUCUUCAGCAGAUCAGUAGAUGGUUUCAAAAGCAAAGUUUGAGGCAAAUAGUAAGUGUGCUCUCUGAAAGAGCACACGCCUGUGAAUGACCAGACAUUUCCACUGCUGCAUCAUCUCCAGUUUCUUCUCAGCAACAUCAAGGAUACAUGAGGGAAAGAAAAUAAAAGCUCUAAGGUCAAAACUAAUGCCGGGUUGAUUUAUUAGUGCUAUCAGGCAUUGAUAGUUUGAAUGUUUUUAUUACUUAUGCAAAAUUGCACAUAUUCCUUUAUGCUGACUUUUAAUUUAUCAUGAACUGUCAUGCUAAUGGAAAAUGUCUUAUUUGUAAAUAAGUAUUCAUAAUUUUGUUACCGAUGGUGUUUUUACCUAGAAUUUGAAAAACAAAGUUUCACAGUGUACAUGUAUGUGUAUAUAUACCGCCAGUAAUCCAAGGGAUAAAUAAGAUGCUAAACAAGGCUGCAGACUGGCCUUCACUCAAGUAUCACAAAGUAGACACUUCUUCCUGCCUUUACUGUACCAGUGCCUCGGCUGCUCAGUCCAGAAAAAGUUAAUUGCGUUAGAAAACAAAAUGGCAUUCCCCUCAUCUUUUAAGUAAUCCAGUAAAACCAGUCAUUAUCUUAAUACCAGCCAGGGGCCAUCAAAAUAUGGCUCCCAGGCUUAAUCUGGUCCAUCACUUGUUUUUGUACAGCCCACGAACUAAGAAUGCUUUUUAUCUUUUUGAAUAAUUGGGGGAAACAGUCAAAAUUGACAUUUUAUGACAUGAAAAUUAUAUGAAAUUCAAAUUUCAGCAUUCAUAAAAAGUUUUCCUGGAACACAGCCACCCUUUUGUGUCUCACCUGUGGCCACUUCAUGCUACAAAGGCAAAUUGGAAAUUUGUGACAGACCGUAUGGCCUGCAAAGCCUAAAACAGCUGCUAACUGGCCCUUUACAGGUUGUGGAUCUUGAUUUUCUAAGGAGUUGAAAACUACAGCUGUGGCACCCAAGACUGCCACUAGAGGGGACACUUGGGCCCCACAGUAGUGCUUAACAGAUUAGCAAUGUUCUUAAAGACACAUGGAAGACUUCUCAUUGCAGAUGGUACAAACUCAGCUGCGUUACCAUUCUUAACAGAAGGAGAAAAGCGUCAAGAAACAAAACUCUACCUAUUGGAACACUUUAUGGGAACACCAGCAUUAAUUAAGAAUUUACGCAAUCUGGAUUCAUGGCUCUAGUUAGGAAUCAUAUUCCACUCAUUUUUAUGGCCGGUAUUAUUCAAAUAGGUUUUCAAAUAAUUGCAGAAUUGUCAGAAAUUUUGUCAUGAGCUUACCAUUAUACUGUUUCUUUAAAGAUUCAUUUACAUAUUCCAGUUGUUAUAGAAUUUGUUAUUUUACUUGAGUCUUAAAUACAAUUAUUUCUACAUUGUCCUCUUUAUAAUUCAAGCAGAUUGCCCGGGAACAUUUUAAACUAGAGAAUCAGUAAAUAUAGUAUUUGCAAAUUUUAAAGAAGUAUUUUCCUGUACUGUCUUAUAUAAUGAAAAUGCUGGGUCUUUUCUUAAUUUGUGCCAAGAUGGCACUAAGUAAAAUCUAAAUGAACAGGUGGCAUAAUCCAUUGAAUCAACCAGAUUUUAGGCUGAAAUUCUGGUAAAGCCAUUACCUUCCCCUCAAUUAUCGAAAGUAACUUCCAAAUACACAUUGUAGACACUUAACACAGAGCACUACGCAACAUGUCUUAACCUGUCAAAACAAAAUCUCAUUUGAGAACCAUGCUUAAUUUUUAAAAAAUUUACUUCUUGCCACACCUCACCUAAUUACCAUUUUUUUUGGGGGGGGGGCUCACGUGUGUGCCUGCAUGCACAGGCACACAUGCUGGAAAUUAAAUUUGAGGGUCUACCACUGAGCUAUUCCCCUAGCCCCCAUCAUACUUUUUUUGGUAGAUGGACACGUUUUGUCUUAUGUGGCACAGGGGAUUGAACUCAGUGCCUCACAUGUGCUAGGCAAGUGCUCUACCACUGAGCCACAACCCCAGCCCCCCAUCAUACUUCUUAUACAUGUUAGAUUUCCAAGUAAGUUAACCAUGUACAGGCAAGUGAAUCCUCAUUAAAAUACUUUAUCUGUUUUUUUUCUAUCCCCAUUGGGACUUUAUCCCAAGCUGAUGUCUGUGCCUACCUAAAAAAAAGCCAAACUGAAAUAAGUUCAAAAAAAACCCAAAAAAACAAAAAAAAAUACCUUCUAAAGACAAAGUAUUGCUUGGCGUUUAGUAGCUUUCCUUUAAAACUCAAUGCUUCCAAUCUAGUUUCACUGGCCCUACUUUGUAGAACCACGUUUACUGUGGCACAUUUUCCAAGUUUGAUGGGAAAAUGUUAGUUAGGUGUUAUAAGCUACAGAUGUUCUUGCUAACAAGCAUUGUACCAGCCUUUAAAACAGUGAAUUUAUACAAGCAUGGACAUUAGUUUCAAUAAACUUGUUUUCAUA